AUCAAAACGAUGCAUCCAGAAGACGACGUGCGGCGUCAUACGACGAUGUCUAUGUAGAACUACUUGUGUACGUCGGUCAAGGGACUUCAACCAACGUAGUCUUUGCUGUAGCUGAGAAGCCCAGCUAUAAUCUCAUUCCUGAUUCAGCGGCAUGCGAGUUGCUGAAAAAUACUGAAGUGAAAUGUUUAGAUGAUACUAACACCUCAGGCUCAGAAGGCGAUAGUGCUGGUGAAAGUGGGUUUCCACUCUGGAUUAUCUAUAUCGUUGCUGGAGUUAUAGUUGUUGCUUUUAUCGUCUUGUUGGUUGUGAUUAGAAGGAGGGCAAAGAAACAGGUAUGUGUGCUUAGUUUGUGUUAAGAUCUGGAAAAACUAACUCAAACGUAGCAGAAUAAAUGUUUCCCGGUCAUGUUUCCCAAAGGUGGCCGGCAAAGCAGGAAACAAUAACCGGUAAAACGUUGUUUUCAAGUCAUAUUUUCCAGAGGUGGGUCAACCAGGAAACCGGCGUUGUUUCCCAGCAAAUAUUCCUAGAGGUCGGCAAAUCAGGAAUCACUGCAGUUUUGAAGCAAAUAUUUCCCAAAGGCAAAGGUGGGCAAAGCAGAAAACAUUGUUUCCUAGCCGUAUAAAGGUUCGGUCACACGGAGCGACAAGUCGCAGGGGCAUGUUGCAGGGACAUGUCGCGGGGUCGAAUUUCAUCGUGUGUCACACGUGUAAGCGUUGUCGCGGGGACAAAAAAUUGUCCCCGCGGCAUGUCGCAUGAAAUCAAAUUGAUUUGAUUUCAUGCGACGUGUCGCGGGGAAAAAAGCCGUUGCCGCGACUUGUUGCAUCGUGUGAGCUAGUCUGUUCACAAGUCGCGGGGAAAUAAUUAGUCCGACCAAUCACAAAAUAUCAUUCCCAUGACUACUUGCACGCUCAAUUUCAAUAUAAGUCCUCAUGGGAGUUCUUUGACUUGUCGCAUGAAUUAUCGCCUCGUGUGACCACGCGCCUGUAAGCGCUUGUGCGACUUGUUUUCGCCUAGCAUUGUCGCUUCGUGUGACUCGUUUCGGGCGACAUGGCCCUGCAACAUGCCCCUGCGACUUGUCGCUCCGUGUGACCGAACCUUAAGAGCUGUUUCGGCCUUCAGAGCUGUUGGAUGUCAAUGGUCGCCAUCUUGACUUCAGUUUUUUCAUAGACCGAGUGACUGAAGUUCUUACUCCAGAUAUACAUGGAGUUCAGUGCCCACACCAAACUCAUGGCUAGGUAUUAAACUAUUUGAUUGAUUUGUUAGAGAGACAACAACAGUGCACCUGUACAUUAUAAUCGCCAUGAUAACACGGUCACGGUUGACUCGAACCCGAUGUAUGAGAUGUCAUAUGAAGACAGAGAUUCUCACAGUGGACCGUCCAAUCCUUCUGUGGUGGAGAAACAGAAGGUAGGCAAAACAUUCAUAAAAUUUGGACGUUUCAUUAAACCAGGCAGUAGAUAGGUCAACUUCAGAAAUCUACUAUAAAAUCUACUAUAUAUAUAUCCUCUGUUUGUUCGGCUUUCAAUAAAUUAUCGAAAGUUCGAUAAAUCAAUUAAGUUCUUCGAUGAAUGAAUCGAUCAGUAAUCGAUAAUAUAAUUAUCUCUACGUGCAGGUGUGUCUCGACCCAGCCUUUGCCAACCCAGGCUACUGUGAUAGGGACUGGAAGAGAGGAGAGGCUAGUACUAGUGGUACUAGCAGACAAAGCACCAUGAAUCAGUACACGGCAAACCCGUUCCCAGUCUACGAGAGUAUCGACGGCGACCUCCAUGCGAGAGUGCACGAUGCACAAUUUGGAAGAAACGGAUACGAAACAACAGAAUAA